GGACUUGACACAACACACACACACACAGUUACACAAGAAAACAGCGAGGUGACCAAAAAUUUGUAAUUUUCCUCAAAAUUUCUCAAUUAAAAUACGAAAAAGGUGGAAAAGGUCAUUUUGUGGGGUACAGUGACAAGGAUGAGCACCUGAAUGCCCUGGCGGAAGUGCUGAAAACCGCUGAUUUGAGUGCUUUUGGGGGCGCGAGGGGUGGUAGGUGUAAUUAAUUUCGUUGAGGAAGGAGGUUUGCAAUGGUGAAAGAGGAAAAUCGGUUUAUUGCGGAAAAUGGGGAAAUUCGAAGGAAAACCUUACGUUCAGGACAACUAUCCCACACGCCGGAAGGCGGCACAGCCACAGGAGUGCGAGAAGAAGAAGAAGAGAGACUCCCUGCGGAAGGUGUCGAAGAUUCUCCAGAAGUGUGAGACAUUGCGAACGGCGGAGGAGACACGACUGCUGGAAUCGUGCACGGAGGCUGUGAAGGAGAUCUCACAGCGACGGGAGAAGGUGCAGCUGUACAAGGAGCGUAUUCAGGAGAAGGAGGAUCCACCGGAUGUGAUUGAGACGAAAGCAAAGAAGCUCGCUGAAGCUAUAACGCGUGCCCGGCAUUUGAUUUGCUACACCGGAGCGGGGAUUAGUACAUCUGCCCGGAUUCCGGACUAUCGUGGGAGCAAUGGGAUUUGGACGCUGCUGGCACAGGGGAAGGAUAUUGGGAAGCAUGAUUUAUCACUGGCAGAGCCAACAUUCACGCACAUGGCACUGUAUGAGCUGCAUCGGAGGAAGAUGCUGCGUUUUGUGGUGUCUCAGAAUUGCGAUGGUUUGCACCUGAGGAGUGGCCUGCCGCGGAAUAGCCUUUCGGAAGUUCAUGGGAACAUGUACAUUGAGGCUUGUAAGAAUUGCAAACCAAACGUGGAGUACUGGAGGCUCUUUGACACCACAGAACUCACAGCAAGGUAUAACCAUAAGACUAUGAGACGGUGUCACAUCUGCGGGAAGCCCCUUGUGGACACCAUUGUGCAUUUCGGGGAACGAGGGUGCCUCCGGUGGCCCCUCAAUUGGGCCGGCGCAUGUGCCCAAUCAGAGAAAGCGGAUGUAAUUCUCUGCCUCGGUUCCAGCUUGAAAGUCCUGAAGAAGUAUUCAUGGCUCUGGGCAAUGGAUCGUCCGGCAAAGAAGCGCCCCAAAUUGUACAUUGUCAACCUCCAGUGGACACCCAAAGAUAGCGUUGCAGCCCUCAAAAUAAAUGGGAAAUGCGACCAAGUGAUGAUGCUCGUGAUGAAGCAGCUCAAUAUUGUCGUGCCGGACUACAAGAGACUGAAGGAUCCCAUCUUUGCCCAUGCGAGUCUCCUUAGUUCCCUGGAAUUGCACACCGUGAGCCAGCCGAUGCUCAAAUCGCAAAAUGAACUGGAAUGCAGUGAAACAACGCUCGAGGAUGAGAAGAAACCUUUCGAGGAGCCCUUUGAGGACUCCCAGGAAGCUCUUGAUCUCUCCAGUGAACGCCCCGUGGUGGAAGUUGAAGUGAAAGUGGAACCAAGUGAUGUAAAAGUGGAAGUUAAAGGAGAAAUCAAUGCGGAGAGUGUAGAUGUUAAGGAUGAGCUAAAAGCAGAAGAAAGUCCGGGAGUUAAGGAAGAACCAAAAACAGAGAAUUCAGGAGCUAAGGAUGAGCCUGCUGAAGUGAAGAUUGAAGGAGAAGUUAAAGAAGAAGGAAAUAAAAUGAGUCCGGAAGUUAAGAAAGAAGAAGAAAGGAAGGAAUCCAUUGAAAGUGCUUCAGAAGUGGAAAAAAUUGAGAUUAAAGAUGAGAUUGUGGAAGAGCAGGAACCACCGCCGGAGGACUCUCAAGAAGCAGUAAAUAGCGUAGAUGCCGAUAAGACUUUUAGCUGUAAGAAAAGUAGUUUAGUUGAUUAUGAAAACUCAGGUGAAUCAAUGACGGAAGAAAGGGUAGUAGAGACUGAAAAGGAGGAGGAAGUGGACACUUCCGACUCAUCCAAUAGUCCAUUGGAUUUGAGUUUCAAGACUCCCGAGAAGAAUUCCACGGAUGACAGCAUCCCCGAGGGUGCUGCAGCAUCGGAGUCGUCUCCUUUGAUCUCCCAGCCGGAAAUAUCCUCCCGUGAGCCCCACACGGCGAUUUCUGGGCAGUAUCCCAGUGAGGGCAAUGCAAGCUGUGAUAGGAGUAGCUCAGAACUGCUCGGGGAGCAACUGCUAAACGUGGCGAAGAUGCAAUUCAGCAAUGCCCUAAGAAAUUUGCGGAAUUUCCGGCUAAAAACUGAAAAGAGAUUCCUCUUUCCCGUCACCGAUGCGGCGGCCACGGGCAGGAGAGAUGGGAAUUCCCACCAGAAUGCAUCACACGAAAAUGAGAAAUCCCCCGAGGACUACUACAAGGACCUCUUGAAUUACUACAAAGCCAUUGAGGGCUCUCUACCGUAUUGGUAUGACACGAAUUACGCAUACUCGGGCUUGCACAGUAUUAUCAAUCCGCCACCAUCGGACAUGGAUCUCUGGGGGUCGAUUUUCAUUCCCAUCUUCCAAAUGAAGGGCGCUACAAAUGCCGAAUGUGAGUUCUGCUUCGACAACUACGGGGAGCUCGUGUGCCAAUUCUAUCCGGCACGGAAGCCCGACUUUCAGGUCACGGCCGAACGCAAUGGCAGGAUGAUUGUCUGCGAAUGCUGUGACUACACGGACAAUGAGGAAUCUGACGAAGAGGGCAGCGGCGGUGGUGGGGUGAAAAUGUCUUCCAUUGAGGAGGAGAAUAGUGUGUCCGAUGAGACGAUGACGGGAUGCGAUGAGAAGCGCCCAAAGCUGGAGAAUGAGGUGCGUGAGCCAAAAAUUCAAGCUGGAUGGUACGGAAAAGGGUACAGAAAGAAUCGGAAGCGCAAGAAGAGUUGAAAUCACAUCGUUUCCAUGUAAAGGACUCUUCUUUUUUUUUAAAUUAAUUUUAUUUUCUCAAAUUUAAACGUGUAAGUUAAUUUACGUGGAUUUUCUUUUCUCUUCUAUCUAUAAGUACAUUGUAAGGUCAAAUUACAUUAAUAAGAGGAUUUUUUUGCCUGCAAAA